AAUCUAAUAAGUUACGUACGAGUAGUUAUAAUAUUGGCACGAUGAUUAUUUCAACGGAAGGCAUACUAAGUAUGUAUUUAUUCCAUAAGUUGUAAAAUGUCCCACGGUUUGCAGAUAUUUUGUGUGCCUAUGCUGUGAUAGUAUAUAGGCAAACGACUGGAGUUGCUUUUAACUGUUGGUGCAAUUUCUUGGCAGCUCAGUUCUGUUAGUGGGAGAUAAGAAAGUACUGUAGAUCCAACAGCGCUAUAAAAUGUUAGUAACUAUCUGCCGUGUAUUGUGAAGAGAAUGAUUUGUGUGUUGACUGCUGUGCAAUUAGUCACACAAAGACUCAGUGUUUGGGCCACCAACAUUUCCAGGGACACAAUUGUUUGCCGGAGAAAAUGGGAAGGGCUGUUGAUAGAUAAAUAAUUAAUUGACUAUUGAAGUAAAAGGCAAUCUCAUUAUGAGCGUAUCAAUUGAUUAUAGAAUACCUAGAGCAUUUUUUAUCAUCCUCUUUCAAUUCGUAUGUUGCUGAAAUUCUACAUUAAUAUUAGUCAUCUCUUUCUUUAAUAUGAAUUACUUUUGGCAGUUAAAUUACAAAGGACAAAAGCAUAACAUUUUAAGCCACUGGUAGAACACUCCCAUUAUGGGUGCAUCAUCAGGAACCACAGGAAGUGUGCAUCAGGAAGUGAGUCCAUCUGCUCCUUCAACCUUUCCCAUUUAUUAGGAUUAGCUGUUUCAAAGAUAAGAUGGUAUUUCAAAACAAUAUGGGAUAACAUCUUUAAAGGAUCUCUGAUUACUCUCCUUUCCCAAUUUCAUGUUUGUUGUUUUAGCAUUAAUAGUGUAACAUAUGUACUAGAGGCCCAACUGUGUUGUUGAGCCUGUUACUUGCAGACUAAGGCUUUUACCUUUCAAGGACUUUGUCUCCGGAAGCAUGCACACAGGAUUGAAGAAGUGUGACAGUAUUUUUGUCUGAAUGUUUUUGUGUAGCCUGAAUUAAAUUUGAACAUUGUCUUGGUUUUUCAUGGAAAAUAAACUAGAGACUGUAACUUAUUUGACUUGCUUUGGCAGCUGCAAGUGCAAUGGAUUACUUGGCCAAAAGUCAAACAACCACCUGUGGAUCUCAGUUUGUGGGUCUAAAGGGUGCCAGACGGUGGCCAGGCUCUCAAGUGGAAAUUCUAUCUAUGACAAAUAUUAUCGACAGGUUGACCCCUCUGGUAGUGGGCGGGUGUCUGCUGCAGAUGCAGCCUUGUUCCUGAAGAGGUCAGGCCUAGCGGACCUCGUCCUGGGCAAGAUCUGGGAUUUAGCAGAUUCAGAACGGAAGGGUUGCCUUAACAAACAGCAAUUCUUCAUUGCUCUUCGAUUGGUGGCCUGUGCCCAAAAUGGACUGGAGGUGGCGAUCAAGAAUCUCCAUUUGGCUGUUCCUCCGCCAAAGUUUCAUGACACAAGCAGCCCACUUCUACCUGGGGGAGUGUCCAUUGACAGCCCGUGGGUGGUUAAGAUGGAAGAGAAGCUGAAAUUUGAUGCCAUCUUUGACAGCCUCUCCCCUGUUAAUGGCAUGCUGUCCGGGGAGAAGGUCAAACCAGUGCUGCUCAACUCCAAACUUCCAGUAGAUGUUCUAGGAAGGGUAUGGGAACUGAGUGACUUGGACAGAGAUGGUAUGCUUGACAGAGAUGAGUUUGCUGUGGCCAUGUACUUGGUCUACAGGGCUUUGGAGGGAGAGCCUGUUCCUAUGUCUCUGCCUGCGCCCCUAGUCCCCCCCUCCAAGAGGAAAAAGCCGGUUUCUGUACCCCCUGUGAUGCCCCUUUUACCCUCACCCCCCUCCAUCAAAGAAAGACGCUCCUCUGUUUCCGGGUCCAAAACUCUGCCCUCCAAACCACCCACGGCCCCAGUCACUUGGGUUGUGUCUCUGUCAGACAAAGCAAAGUAUGAUGAGGUGUUUGCGAAGACUGAUCUCGAUAUGGAUGGCCUUGUCUCUGGGCCUGAAGUCCGAGAUAUUUUCUUAAAGACUGGCUUGCCCUCCGCCACACUGGCACGCAUCUGGGAGCUCUGUGACAUUGGGGACAUGGGGAAACUAACCCGGGAACAGUUUGCACUAGCGCUGCAUUUAAUCCACCAGAAAUUGACCAAGGGUGUGGACCCACCUCAGAACCUCUCCCCCGAAAUGGUCCCCCCCUCCGACAGACUGAGCCUAGCCGCCAAACAGAGCAACGCUGCUAAUCUGGCUGCAGACUUCUCCGCCAUCAAGGAACUGGACUCGCUCAGCAAUGAGAUUGUUGACCUACAAAGGGAGAAAGGCACCGUGGAACAGGAAAUUAAAGAGAAGGAAGAGCGAAUCAGGGAAAGGACCAGCGAAGUCCAGGAGCUGCAGAAGGAGGUGCAGAAGGAGAGCGGAGAGCUGCAGCGGCUGCAGUCUCAGCGCCAGCAGGUCCAGGAGGCUCUGGAGGACCUGGACCAACAGAAGAGUGCCCUCGAGGAGCAGCUGGGCCUCAUCCGCCAGCAGUGCAGCCACGAGAACCAGCUGAUCUCGUCGCUGCAGGCGGAGCACACUGAGCAGGAGCAGAGAAUCGAGGAGUAUGAGGAGCAGCUGGUCCAGGCCAGGGAGGAGCUGCUGCGGCUGCAGGAGGAGACCCAGCAGCUGGAGGAGAAGGUGCAGGCAGCGCGGGAGCAGCUCUCCCCUCUGCAGGACUCUGUCCGGGACUCCUUCUCCCAGGUCUCUCAGGUGCAGCAGAGGCUGAGUGAUCUCCAGCUGGAGGAGCGGACGGUCACGGCCCAGCUCAGUUGGAAGAGGGCCCUGGAGGACGACCCAGUGCCUGUCCUGGUGAACGGUACCACAGAAGAGCGGCACCACCACGAACAGCCCGAGAAACUGAAGGUGGAGCGGCCAGCCAGCCAGCCUCUGAUGGAGCCAGUCGAACCCAUAGAAGAACAGCUGGAAGUAAAGGAGAGGCGUAACAUGUUAGAGGAACCGGAGCCCAAGUCUGAUGCCUUCGAGGACCUCUAUAACAGCCUACCAUUUACUACCUGGCCAGUACAACAGGACAACCUUGUGAAGGAGCGCCUUAGUCCUGUUGCUCCCACCCUUCAAGAACACCGCAGUCCUACAGCCGAAGUUGAAGCAGUGGUGGAUGAAGAGGACGAAGAAGAUGAGGAAGAAGAUGAGCUGUCGUUUAAAGCUAGCACUCCCAAGAUGGAAUCCCCAGAGCCAGAAAGGAGAACAGGGUCCACUGAGCCUCCCCAGACUACGCCCCCUUCUCUACCUCCACAGACCACCCCACCACCACUCCCUGGCCUGGACUUCUUCAAGUCAGACCCCUUCAUUGACCAUGAUCCGUUUAAAGAUGAUCCGUUUGGAAAGGCCGGUGUGUCUGUUUUAUCAACAGACCCAUUUGGAGGGGAUCCAUUUAAGGGCACAGAUCCCUUUGCUGCUGACGCUUUCUUCAAGCAGUCUUCGGCUGCUCCCUUCCUGUCGGCUGACCCCUUCACCCCCGGCGACCCCUUUGGCGGCAGUGCUGGCCUCCUAGCAGAGCCCAACCUGUUCGCCGCUCCGCUCAACAAUACCGCAGGACCUGACCCCUUCAGCUCCAAAUCCAACAACACGGCAUCCAGGGACCCCUUCAGUGCCAAGGUCAGCGAUGUAGACGACGACCCAUUCGCAUCCAAAACGGCUGAGGCUGACUUGUUUGGCUCCCAGGGCACAGCAGGACCAGAUCCCUUCAGCUGCUCCCCGCCUGGCUCUGAGGUCCCCACAAAGGAUCACUCGGCAGCAUCUAACGACCCUUUUGCCCCUGGAGGUACCGCAGUAGAUCCUGGCUCCGAUCCAGAUCCCUUUGCUGCUGUGUUCGGCAACGAGUCAUUUGGAGAAGGAUUUGCCGACUUCAGCGCCCUGGCCAAGUCAAACGGUGGCGAAUCCUUCGCCUCAUCCAACAAGAACCUCUUUAUGGGGGAUAGUCAGCCCAGUAGCCCCGACACCCCCCCAGCCUUGCCUCCCAAGACGGGAACACCCACCAGACCUCCCCCUCCGCCCCCAGGUAAGAGGUCCUCCAUCUCCAGAUCAGAGUCGUCUGACUCGUUCCACAGAAGGGGCCCCUUUCUGCCAAAGGGCUCAGGAGAGCCCCCUUUCUCCCAACCUGCUAAGGACGCUGCCCAGGAUCCCUUCGCCCCAUCCUCACCCCUCCAGCCCGCACGGGACCCUGACCGAUUUGCCAGCUUUGACAAACAGCAGUACCACACUGAGGAGGACAUGAUUGAGUGGGCGAAGAGGGAGAGUGAGCGGGAGGAAAAGGAGCGCCUGGCCAGACUAACUCAACAGGAGCAAGAGGAUCUGGAGCUGGCCAUCGCCCUAAGCAAGUCAGAGUUUUCCUGAAACAAUCCUGGAUACUCUGCGUGACCCCAGCCAGCACCAAAUGAAGGGGGAAGUGGUGGGAGAAUUGAACUAAAUGGCCUGCCACUUGGACCCAAUUAAGAGAGUUGGAGUAUUGGCCUCCGCCAGUCUCCCUCCACCACUUAAUCUUGUUUCACUCAUAGGCAUUUUUCAAGUUUGUCUAUUUAAUAAAUCCUAAUAUUUUGGUGUUUGGUUGAGUUGUGGGAGUGGAACUAUGAUGUCCUCUGACUUCAGUAGCCGUCCUGGUACAGUAAAUAGACAGAGAUUGUCAAGUAUAGAUGUAAUGGUUCUGUUGAUGCCUUGACCACACCGAACAAACUGCAAAAGGUCUGCCUUCAUUUGCAAGGGUCUUGUAGAUGCUUGCUCACACCUAGACAGAUAAUAUUCAGCACUUAUGGUUUCAAAAAAAAAAAUCCCAGAGAUUGAAUGUCAAAGAUUCAAAGUUAUAAAAUAUAAAAAUGGCAUACACAAAAUGGAUAUUACCUGUUCUUCAGACUCCCGAUUUUAUUAUUUCAUUUUGUUAUGGGGGAAUGAUGAUGAUGAUUGGGUAAUAAUUAACUUCUAUCAAGUUACUAAAAGAGUAAUUCAUCAAGGUAUAAGCCAAAGCUAAAUUGUGAUUAAUCUGUCAUUUACAUUUCAGUUAUAUAUCCAAAGCUUUUAUCCAUAGUAGUAUCCAAAUUCUUGAUUGGCUUCCAUGUCAGAGCUGGGGUCUUGUUAGUGUCUGUGUAUGGAUAUGAAUAGAGAUCACCUGAGAGGUAAGCUAGAUAGUUAGACAGCUUUAAAAAAAAAAUAAAAAAAAAUAUUCAACUUAAAAUUGGCAUGAUA